UUCAUAGCUUUAACCACUGGAGUUCAUGAACAAUGAAUUCACUUCACUCAUCCUGUUGGAACACCUCUGCUGAACUUUUGAACAAGUCCUGGAAUAAAGAGUUUGCUUAUCAAGCCCUGAGCGUUGUGGAUACAGUCAUCCUCCCUUCCAUGAUUGGAAUUAUCUGUUCAAUGGGGCUGGUUGGCAACAUCCUCAUUGUAUCCACUAUAAUAAGGUCCAGGAAAAAAACGAUUCCUGACAUUUAUAUCUGCAACCUGGCUGUGGCUGAUCUGGUCCACAUCAUUGGAAUGCCUUUUCUUAUUCACCAGUGGGCCCGAGGAGGAGAAUGGGUGUUUGGGGGGCCUCUCUGCACCAUCAUCACAUCCCUGGACACUUGCAACCAGUUUGCCUGUAGUGCCAUCAUGACUGUAAUGAGUGUGGACAGGUACUUGGCUCUCGUCCAACCAUUUCGACUGACGAGUUGGAGAACGAGGUACAAGACCAUUCGCAUCAAUUUGGGGCUUUGGGCGGCUUCCUUUAUUCUGGCAUUGCCUGUCUGGCUCUACUCGAAGGUCAUCAAAUUUAAAGACGGCAUCGAGAGUUGUGCUUUUGAUUUAACAUCCCCCGAUGAUGUACUCUGGUAUACACUUUAUUUGACGAUAACAACUUUUUUUUUCCCUUUGCCCUUGAUUUUGGUGUGCUAUAUUUUAAUUUUAUGCUCUACUUGGGAGAUGUAUCAACAGAAUAAAGAUGCCAGAUGUUACAAUCCCAGCGUUCCCAGGCGGAGAGUCAUGAAGCUGACAAAGAUGGUGCUGGUGCUGGUGGCAGUCUUUGUCCUGAGUGCAGCCCCCUAUCACGUGAUCCAGCUGGUGAACUUACAGAUGGAGCAGCCCACACUGGCUUUCUAUGUGGGCUAUUACCUCUCCGUCUGUCUCAGCUAUGCCAGUAGCAGCAUUAACCCUUUUCUCUACAUCCUGCUGAGUGGAAAUUUCCGGAAACGCCUACCUCGAGUGCAGAAAAGAGUGACUGAGAAGGAAAUCAACAACAUGGAAAACACCUUGAAGUCGAGCUUCUAGGAGAGUACCCGGAUCAUCAAAAGUCUAGACAGGCUUGUCUAUGUUAUUGGUAUUAUUAGAAAGGGCGGGUGAAAUGAUGUGCUUGUGUCCAUUCUUCUUGUGUACUUGUGACUCUUAGUGGCAUGGCAGAGAAGUGUAACCAUUCACGUGCAAUGAGUUUAGUAUGCUAA